AUGUUAUGGCUGUUUAUUUAAUAUAAUCGUGUAAUAAACGUAUAAGCUAUUUUGUGUAGAAUAUGCGAAAUGAGAUUGUGCGUUAUUCGCGAUAUCCUAAAAUAAGAGCGAUGGGGCUACUUUUAGAUUAUACCGCGUACGCGCUUCUCGCGUAAUCGCCAGGAUUUGAUCGUUACCCUGAACGUACACAAAGCGCAAAUGUGCGGAGCAAAUCGUAAGCGAACGGGUGUAGGAGUGAACGCGUAUAAAAUUAGGUACAAGCGGGUGGGAACAUGUCAGUUUGAAUGAUGCUGUCUGACUGGUGAGGUGGUUCGUUCGACAAUGAAUUAAUGGAUAAAUUCAACGACGAGAGGAAUUGUUAUUUGGUGUGAAAUACUGUUCGAAAAAGUUCAAUUGGAAGGUCAAUGGCUAUCGAGGACACGUCGAUAUUUUUAGUCGUCAUCUUAGCGGUCGGUGGUAUCUCCAUGAUGACGACUUUAUUGGCUUGUUAUAUUUGCAUAUUCCGCGAUUUGUGCUGCCGAUCUCAGCCGUUCAAAUCGACAAAGAACCUUAGGCGGAGAGCGAGAACGAAAAAACGCAGAAAAAAGAAAGGCGAUUGUGCCAAUCAACAAAAACCAGGAAGCGCCGAUAUCGUGACACUCUAUGAUUUAACCCAACCAGCAGAUAUUAGUAUGCCGACUGAAUCGGAAAAUCUUUAACUGUCAGUAUAAGUAUUAGCGGAUGGUAAUUACGCAUUUAUCCAUUGCUAUUUUCAAUUUUUUUUUUUUUAAUAUUUUUCUACGGACUCUUGUGUAAAUUAAUAUUUUUUCUUAAUAAAUUUAUGAAGCUAUCUUAUACACGCUAUACGUAUUUUUGUAUUCGUUUCGUUAUUCACAUCGUGCGCCAUCUAUCGGUCUUAUUGGGAGUACUACGAUUCGUUUGAACUACUAGUGAUGAAAUAUGAAUCGACGCUCGAUGAUUCGUUCACGUUUACCAAUACUCAGUCGAUCAGCAGAUUAUUAUCGUUUAACUG